AUGCCUACGGAACUCGAGGAGCUGGUCGGCUUCAUUGCCAAUCCCAACCCGCAGAUUCGUUUAUUAGCUACCGAGAAUCUGGUGCCUUAUUCGACAUCAGAACCCAGCAUCUUCAAGGUGGAAAAUUUGCAGCCUGUGAAAAAUCUGAAGCUCUUAGUCAAAGACCACCCGAAAAUCGCAGAACAUGUUGUCACGAUUCUCGUCAACCUCUCCGCUGAUCGUGACGUUCUGGAGUGUUUGGCUACCGAUGACAAGUUCCUCGACACCAUCCUGGGCUAUGUCAUUCAACCGACCGAGCCAAACGCAAAUCUGUUGUCCAUGCUUCUUGCGAACCUUGCUAAAUGGGACGCCUUCAAGUCUGUCUUGAGCAAGAAGCAAGAGCCUCCCAAGGAACUCGCAUCCGGCGACCUGGUAUUGAACCAGUUGCUCGACCUUUUUGUCAAGGGGGCUGAGGGCACUUACAACAAGACUGCUGACUUUGACCAUCUAUCAUAUCUCUUUGCCGAUCUCACGAAACAUGCCGAGAUCCGCCACCAUUUCGUCACCAAGCAAGACUAUGAUGGCGUUAUCCCUAUUGCAAAGCUCAAGGUGUUCACUGAACACAAGUCUGAGGUCAGGCGGAAGGGAGUUGCCUCCACACUCAAGAACGUGGCUUUUGAUGUGCCGUCACAUGCUGCAUUCCUGGCUGAGGAUGAAAUCAACAUCCUACCAUACAUCCUGUUGCCUCUCACCGGAAACGAGGAAUAUGACGAAGAAGAAACCAUGGCCAUGCUUCCAGAUCUGCAGUUAUUACCGCCCGACAAAGAGCGUGAAUCGGAUCCCAACAUCAUCCAGACUCACCUGGAAACGCUAAUGUUGCUGUCCUCCAGGCGGGAAGCCCGAGAUUACAUGCGCGAAGUCAAAGUGUAUCCAAUCAUUCGAGAAACACAUCUCAGAGUCAACGAUAAGGACGUCAAGGAUACUUGCGAGCGGUUAGUUAACGUUCUUAUGCGCGACGAAGAAGACUCGAGUGGUAAGGCACGUGUUGAGGAGGUUGGACACGCCGAGGAGACAAGGGGCGCAGAUGGUGUAGACGACGAGGACGAUCAAAUUGUCGAGGUCUAA